GAUCUGAAACUGAAACUCACCAAAUUCAUAUACGAGCAUGCACUAAAACUAUCGCCAAUUAACCUAGUAUGGCUUCUAAACCAGGAAUCCUCACUGAUUGGCCUUGGAAGCAUCUUGGAAGUUUUAAGUAUAUGAUCCUGGCUCCCUGGGCGGUGCAUAGCGUAUACUUAUUUACCAAAGAAAAAGAGAGGAACCUGGGAUACUUGCUCAUAUUCCCGUUUCUGCUACUGAGGAUGCUCCAUAACCAGAUUUGGAUUUCUCUUUCUCGUUACCGAACAGCCAAAGGACACAACAGGAUUGUUGACAAGGGCAUCGAAUUCGACCAAGUUGAUAGAGAAAGGAAUUGGGAUGACCAAAUUGUGUUCAAUGGCUUAUUAUUUUACAUAGGUUUCACCUUCAUUCCCCGUUCUUAUUCCAACGUUCCUCUUUGGAGAGCAGAUGGUAUAAUCCUUACAAUUUUGCUUCAUUCGGGUCCAGUGGAAUUCCUUUACUACUGGCUUCACAGAGCAUUGCAUCACCAUUUCCUCUACUGUCGUUAUCAUUCUCAUCACCAUUCUUCUAUUGUCACUGAGCCCAUUACCUCUGUGAUUCAUCCAUUUGCUGAACACAUUGCAUAUUUCACGCUGUUUGCAAUACCAUUGCUGACAACGUUGUUUACAAGAACUGCUUCUAUAAUCUCUUUCGUUGGUUAUGUCACCUACAUCGACUUCAUGAACAAUAUGGGACACUGUAACUUUGAGUUCGUCCCCAACUCCCUUUUCUCUAUCUUUCCUCCUCUCAAGUAUCUCAUGUAUACUCCCUCGUUUCAUUCGUUACAUCACACUCAAUUUCGGACCAACUACUCGCUAUUUAUGCCUCUAUAUGAUUACAUAUACGGUACAACGGACAAAAAUUCGGAUGCUGUAUAUGAAACUUCACUCAAAAGACAACAAGAAUCAGCUGAUGUAGUUCAUCUAACCCAUCUUACCACGCCUGAUUCAAUCUAUCAUCUACGUCUAGGAUUUGCCUCCUUGGCAUCAAAACCCCACUUAUCUAAUUCCAAAUGGUAUUCAUGGUUCAUAUGGCCCCUCACAUGUUUCUCUGUAUUCUCCACUUGGACUUUCGUCAAUACCUUCAUUUCUGAGAGGAACACUUUCCAUAAACUUAAAUUGCACACCUGGGUCUUACCACGGUACAUUGUACAAUACUGGCGAAGAGAAUCCAUUAAUAGCCUGAUCGAAGGUGCCAUACUAGAAGCAGAUAUGAGAGGAGUUAAAGUAGUGACUCUAGGUCUUCUCAAUCAGAGCGAAGAGCUAAAUGGAAACGGAGAGAUGUAUAUCCAUAGACAUCCGGAACUCAAAGUAAAGGUGGUGGAUGGUAGCAGCUUGGCAGUGGCUACGGUGGUUAACGCCAUACCCAAAGGAACAACCGGACUACUGUUUAGAGGGAAGCUUAGUAAAGUUGCUUACGCAACUGUAUGCGCUCUCUGUGAAAUGGGCAUCCAGGUAGCCACAGUAGACAAGGAUGAGUAUGAGAAGCUUAAACUCAGGCUUACGACCCAGUGCGGCAAUAAUCUAGUCCUCUCCAGCCCCACAAAUUAUGCUCAAAACAAGGUAUAUGCUCAAAACAAGAUAUGGUUGGUGGGAGAUGAUUUAAAGGAAGAGGAACAGUUAAAAGCAUCAAAAGGGACAUUAUUCAUUCCAAUAUCACAACUCCCUCCAAGAAAAGUUCGAACUGAUUGCUUCUACCAUAUUACACCAGCAAUGAUAGUUCCUUCCUCUUUAGAUAAUGUGCACUCUUGUGAGAACUGGUUGCCAAGAAGGGUGAUGAGUGCCUGGCGUGUGGCUGGAAUAAUACAUGCCUUAGAAGGAUGGGAUUUGAACGAGUGUGGGCAAACAAUUUGCGACGUUGAGCGAGUAUGGCAGGCUUCUCUUCGACAUGGCUUCCUCCCUUUAACGAUUGUUGCUUGAACCAAUUCCCACAACCACGCUUAGCUUUAUAUAUAUGUAUAAGUUACAUGCAGACCCACCUAUUAUGUUCACCAUUUAUAAGCAUUUAAUAAAUUAAAAUUGGGUUGUUGAUAUGAA